GCGAGUCCACUUUUGUGUCUACAAACCCACUGUCAAGUCAGAGCGGGACAGUCCGGCACUUUGGAUCCUCUCGUUUGCACUGUUCGUGCCGGUCCUCCAGUCGUGCCGGCUUCCAUUUCACCAACCGCUAAUUUGAAAAAUUAAAGAACUCGGACCAACCAUCGGAGAGGGCGGUCUUUGGGUGUCGCCAAAAGCCGGUGCAAUCAAAAAUAGAUGAGCGUUUUGGGCGCAUUCCGAUUCUUCCCUCCGGUGGUGGGUUCUUCUUUUCCUGCGCUGCAGAGCGAAUGUCGGACCGCAACCUCCUCUCUCUCGCGCCCUUAUAAAUUCCUUUCAUUCUCCGAGAUCCCUUCCCCAUUUUCCAACUUUUUUUUUAUCCGUCUUUUUCCUUCUAUUCUACUCUGAGAGAGAGAGAGAGAGAGAGAGAGAGAGAGAGAGAGCGAUGGGAGGGUGCGCGACCAAGCCCACGGACCUCAAGGCGGAGUUCGAGGCCCCUCGGCCGCUCGAGGAGCCGUCGGCGGCGGCGGCGGCCGGUUCCAAGGCCGAAGAAGCAUCCGUAGAGGAGAGGAAAGAGGCGGCGGAGGCGGCCACAAGUGGCGGCCAGGAGAUCGAGAAAGGGCCGCCGGAGGAGAACCGCAGGAGAUCCCUCGGCCUCUUGUUUAAAGAGAAUGAAGAGAGCAGUGGACCCUCUGACACUGGGAAGACUUUCAUGACAGAGGCUGUUACACCACCACCGAAACUGGUGGAAGCAAAGGAAGAAGCAGUUCAGUCCAAGGCAGAAGUACAGUGUAUGGAAGAUUCUAAGAAAGAAAGUAUAGGUACUGACAUCUCAAAUCCUAAUCCCGCUACUGAAAAAACAUCUGAUUCUUCAGCAGUUCAGCCCACGACCGAAGUUCAAUCUACGGAAGAAUCUAAACCCAGGACUGUGGUUGCUGAUGUUUCAAACCCGAGUACCACCCUAGAACAAGCCUCUGUUCAAUCUACUGAAGAAUCUAAACUCAAUACUCUGGUUGCUGACAUCUCAAGUCCAAAUAAAUUUACAGAAAAAGCUUCUUUUACUUCUCGUAUAGCAGCUUUCGAAGGAAAUGACAAGCCAGCGGAUUCAAAAUUGAAUGUUGAAGAAGUCCAGGCUGUUAAGGGAGGUGCAAUGGAUUCAAAAUUGAAAGCAGAAGUCCAGAACGAUGAGGGAGAAGGAUUGUAUUCAAAACUGAAAGCAGAAGAAAUCAAGACUGCAAAAGAAGCAGCAGUGGAUACAGAAUUGAAAGAAGAAGAAAUCCAAGCUGCAAACCCAGAAGCAGUUGAUUCAAAAUCGAAAGCAGAAGUCCAUAAAGAGGCGGUAGAUUCAAAAUUGAAGGCAGAACUCCAGGCUGGAAAAGAAGAGAUGGUAGAUUCAAAAUCAAAAGCAGAAGAACUUCAGACUGAAAAGGUAGAGGCAGCGGAUUCAAAGUCGAAAGCAGAGGAACUCCAGAUUGAAAAGGCAGAGGCAGUGGAUUCAAAAUCAAAAGCAGAAGAACUCCAGACUGAAAAGGCAGAGGCAGUGGAUUCAAAAUCAAAAGCAGAAGAACACCAGACUAGAAAAGCAGAGGCAGUGGAUUCGAAAUUGAAAACAGUUCAGACUACCGAGGAAGAGGGAGUUGAUUUAAAACCAAAAUUAGAAGUUCAAACUGCUAAGGGAGAAGCGAUGGAUUCAAAACAAGAGGCGGAAGUCAUCCAGAUGGUUAAGGGAGAAGAAGUAGAUUCACAAUCGAAAGUAGAAGGCCAGGCUGCUGAGGGAGAAGUAGGGAAUCCAACAGCUGCUAUCAGACAGGAAGGGGCAUCUGUCAUAGAGGGGAAGGACUCGACCGGUGCACGACAGGUGGUGAAGGAGGGCAUCGAAGACAGCUGAAAGAUAGCCUGAAUGUGGACGGCGACGAGGGAUCUGCAGUUGCUGGAUAUGGUCCAUUCAGCAUCAAACCUAACCUAAAACCCUUGUUACAAAGGUGCACUUGCUUCCAUUUCCCUUGGUAUUCUAUGAGGGACAGAAAUUUUGUUUCCUUUUCAAAUUAUCUUUUACCAAUGAUAUCUGCGAAUCUAAUUCAGGGGCAUUUUAUUCAUUUAUAAGAAUUGUUUGUGUUAGGCCAGUAGAAAGCAGGAUUAAUGUCUCCAUGGAAAAAAGGUGAAGGAUUAAUGUUUGGAUGAGGACAACUGUAGAAAAAAGGAAAAAGAAAAAGAGAGGACAAGCGAAGAGUUAUAAAGCUCACCUAGAGAGUUAAAUAUAAGCCCUCUUAAAGGAAGGUGGCAGUCAUGCAAUGCAAUUUCCAUGAACUAAAAGGAAGGUAGAGUUUUCAUGCUUGGAAGGUAACAGUCAUAUAAUACAAUAAACAGAAAUCUCGCACAAAAAAAUUUGAACUUUCCCAUUACUCCAUCUUAGAUUUCAUAGCAGUAUGAAGAGUAACGGACCAUAUGACAUUUGCACGUCAGGUACUUGACAUAUUGGUUUUAGAUUUUAGUGUUAUCCUGGUAUU